AUGUCUGGUCCAGACCGCCGACCGAAGGACACAGUUGGCAACCGACUCAAGGUUAUUACGAAUAUGUACCCCAUGCAGCUUCACCCAGACCGCGUCAUUUAUCUCAAUAAAGUCGAAAUCGUCCCCGAAUUAUCCGCCACUGCACACAGAAGGAACUACGAACUGUUUGACAUUUUGCAAACAAAACUACAUCCUCAAGCGUUCACUCCCCGUGCUGCCUAUGAUGGAAGCCGUAUCAUGCUGUCGACCGUACAAUAUCCUUGGGGGGCAUAUCAGGAGUUCAACGUGUUAACUUCUAGGAAGAGGCCCCCGCCUCCUCCUGGAGAGAAGGGGCACUUCAUCGUCAAAAUCUCUGCUAACCGAAGCUUUCCUAUCGCUUCACUUGCGAACUAUAUGCGUCUCCCCAACUCCAUUCCCCCCGACGAGAUUGUCAACUACAUCAACGUUUUCCUUCGGAUGGCUCCUAUGCAGAUGCAUGCCUUCCGUGGCAACAACUUUUACGUCACUCAGGGACACAAGUUGAUUGGCUUCUUCCAGUCUGUCCGUGCCACAGUCAGCGGUCCAAUGGUGAACAUGGACGUUACCAGUAGCGUUUUGUGGGUACAGCGUCCACUGGUGGACACCAUUUUGAACUUCCUACGACUUUCCGAUCCUCGUGAACUCGCCCUCCUUCCGGCGCAUCGUCCAGGUGCCCAGCCCAAGGUCAUCCGUGGUUUUGACAAGAGAGGUGCCCACGCGAUACGGUUAGAUGAACACGGCCCUACCGUUGAGGACUAUCUGCUCGACAAAUACAACCGUCGACUCAAGCAUCCCCAAUCACUCUGCGUAUCUUUAAGCAACAGGAAACAGGAUAUUCUCCCUGUCGAGCUACUUGUAAUCGAUGCCAAUCAGUUCUUUGAUCUGAAGAAGCUUGACAAUCUUAGCUGGGACAAGCAGAUCAAGGAGUUUGCGAUGAUCAAGCCAUCCGAUCGCCUCGCUAUCACGAAUUCCGGCUCGAAUGCUAUGGGUCACGCGCAGUCAGACUAUGUGCAGCGUGCGGGUAUCAGGGUCAAUUCAAACCCACUCUCGCUCGAAGGGCGAAUAAGGGAUCCGGCGCCUGUGCUUUAUCCCAAGGAUGCUAGAGAAACCAUUGAACAACUUCUGCACAAGGUUGCUGAAAACAUGAAACAACGGUUCAAACGCCCUCCUAGUCUUCUUCUCAUUUUCACACCUGGAGAAACUGAGUGGUACACGGCUGUGAAGCGUUUUGGCGAUAUUACUCUUGGGAUCCCUACGCAGCACCUACGAACUGAUAAAGCUCUUGGUCCUCGAGGCAAUGCGGACUAUUGCCAGAACGUGGCUCUGAAAUCUUAUCCAACAGGGUUUGAUCUUCGUCCCAUCAAUGUCAAGCUGGGUGGAAUCAACUUUGUGCCCCAUUCAGGAAGCAUCCAGUGGAUCCGAGGUGGCGAGCCGCUGAUGGUCAUUGGUGCUGAUACAAGCCAUCCACGGCCAGGCGAGGGCUAUAAGCCCACCAUUGCGGCGAUCUCAUUCUCAGUGGAUCAGAAUGUGUCGAAAUACAACGGUGUUGUUGGUAUCCAGCGAGGAAAACAGGAGAUAAUCGGGAAUCUUGUCGGAAUGGUGAAGAGCGCCAUUGCUCGAUUCAAAAUGACAGGACCGACCCCAAAGCGGAUUCUUUACUACAGGGACGGCGUUGGAGAGAGGAUGUACGAGGAAGUAGUAAGAGAAGAGUGUGAAGCGAUCAGACAGGCGUUCCGGGAAGUGAACGAAGCUAAUCCCAAAAUCACGGCAAUCGUGGUCGGGAAGAGACACCAUGUGCGCUUGUAUGCAGAGAACCCGAGGGACGCGGAUCAACGCUCUGGGAAUGUCAAUCCCGGACUUGUGGUCGAUCACACGAUCACGAGCCCGCCUCAUGACGACUUCUACCUCCUGGCUCAUCAAGGCAUCAUUGGGACGUCGAGACCAAUGCACUGUAUCCCGAUCGUGGACGACAACCACCUGAGCUCGGAUCUGUUACAAACUCUGACUUUCGCACUUACCCACAACUACCAACGUGCAACACGCAGCGUCAGCAUCCCAGCUCCGAUUUACUACGCCGAUAUCCUCUGCAGCCCCGAACGCGCCCGUGUCCACUUCGACCCCUCCAAAGAUUUCUCCGACAGCGGCUCCGGAUCCCAGCACCCAACAGGCCAGCAAUAUCAGCAAGCGUUCAAACCCCUAGCUUCCGGGUUACGUGAUAAAAUGUUCUGGAUGUGA